UGUCUUCCAUCCUUUCUACCGCUGUGCACAGAAAUUUCUCCUACUUUAAUCUUUCCGCCUCUUGUCUUCCAUUUCUUCUGAAACCGUGUAGAUAAAAUAGUGUGGUGAGAUCUUGUGCCCUCCCACGCAUUAUUUCUACUAUAAUCUCUUCGCCCUUUGUCUUCCAUCCUUUCUAGCCCUGCGUUUGAUUGAGUUCCAUGGCAAGGGGAAAUUAGAUUACCAAUUCUGCCUUUGAGGAAAUUCUGGUGCCUUCUGCAUCGUCUUCAACUCCAACAAAAAAGGUACGGUAUGAUGUAUUCAUAAGCCAUCGUGGCACUGACACCAAGCAAACCCUAGCCACCUCAAUCUACCGUGCCCUCAAACUGAUGGGACUUGAAGUUUUCUUAGAUGAACCAGAGCUUGAUCUUGGUGAUUCCAUACCCUGUGAAAUACAAGAAGCCAUGACUACUUCUUUCCUGCAUAUUGCUAUACUUUCACCCAGAUAUGCAGAAUCAACUUGGUGUCUGGCCGAGUUAUCGUUUAUGAUGAAGCAAAUUGAAAGUGGCAAGCAGAUCAAUAGUGAGAAGCACAUUGUUCCUGUGUUCUACAAUGUUGAUCCAAGAGAUAUCCGGUGGAUAAAAAGAGCCUAUGCUCAAGCAUUUUCCGAGCAUGUAGCCAAGGGGAGAUAUACUUCACAAAAGCUUGAGGAUUGGAAGUCGGCGCUGCAAAAGGUUUCAUACCUUAAAGGCCCCAUUGUCAACAGUGACAAUGAUGAAGGAAUGUUGAAGACUAUUGAAAAUUAUGUACACAAGCGCUCUAAAAAGAUUUCAUUUGUUGUGGCCAAACAUCCUGUGGGUCUUGAUGAAACCUUAAAAGAUUUUAAAAGAAGUGUUUUGGAAUCUCUUGAAGAUGUAAAAAUUGUGGGGAUCACAGGUAUGGGUGGGUGUGGAAAAACCACAUUAGCAAAGGAAUACUACAAUGAGAAAAUGCAAUCCUUCUAUAGAUGUAGUUUUGUUUGCAUUGAUCGAGAUGUACCAAGUAAAAAUUUGUAUGAAAAGCAGAAAAAAAUGUUCCAAGAUCUAGGUGGCUCGAAAGAUAUAUUAUUUGAUAAUGUAGAAGAAGGAAAAGCAAUCCUUGCAGAGCAUUUGAGAUUUGUUCAAGUAUUUAUUAUCUUGGAUGAUGUAGAUCAUAUAGAUCAAUUGGAGUGUCUCUUGCCAAUAAAAAAUAAUUUUAGACAAGGUAGUGUGAUUGUGAUUACAAGUCGAGAUUCACACAUUCUUACAUCAUGGGGAAUCCCUUCUAGUUCUAUUUACAAAAUGAAAGAAUUAAAUUUCAAAUAUGCUAUGGAACUAUUUUGUUUGCAUGCUUUCGAACAACCCUCUCCAAAAGAAGGAUUUGAAUGCCUUGUUAAAAGUUUUUUAAAAUUCUGCCAAGGAUUGCCAUUAUCCCUUAAGGUAUUAGGAGGACUUGUACAUGGAAAUCCGAAAGGCUACUGGGAUUCUCAAUUAGGUAAGGUGUCCAAAUCAUUGCCCAAAGACAUUAAAAGCAUACUAAAAGUGAGUAUUGAUGCUCUAGAUGAGGAACAAGAGGAGAUAUUUUUAGAUAUAUCUUGUUUCUUCAUAGGAACAGAAAAAGAUUCGGCCAUCACAGUGUGGGAUGAGUCCAAAUGGAGUGGGGAGUGUAGUUUGCAAACACUUGUGGAUAAAUGUUUGGUUGACGUAGAUGAGACAAACUGCUUAAGAAUGCAUGAUCUGCUGAGAGAUUUGGGAAGGGACAUUUCAAAGACACGGUCACCGUACCGUCUAUGGUCACCGGAGCAAAUAACCCACAUUAUUGAGAAACAGGGGAAAAGAAGCGUGCCGAUUCGGGGAAUUAAAGCCCAAACAGAUGAAUUUUAUGAAGAAUUUGUGGAGCUUGUCAGAGGAUCAGGUAGAGAGUUUAAGCGGAAGCGGGGUUUAAAAAUCCUGGAUGUUGAAAACAAUAGUUUUACAGAAGAAUUAGCAACACUAUCAGAAGGCCUUGUCUGUCUGCGAUGGGCCAACUUCCCGCAUACAGCUCUUCCUUCAGGGAUUUCGUUGAAGAAGUUGAGAGUUUUAGAGCUUUGCGAAGCUUCUAAAUUAGAAGAGCCGUGGAGCGAGACUGCCGAUCCUCCUCUGCAGUUGAGAGUGCUGAAAAUCAUUCAUGCCGGAAAUAUGCUGAGAUUUCCAAGGUCAAUAGGAUUUCUGAAGCAUCUAAAAGAGAUAUCCUUUGACUCUGAAGGAGCUCCUAUCGAAGGCCUACCAGAAGAGUUUUGCCGUCUCCAAGCGCUGGAGCGCCUCAGGUUAAUUGGAUGUGAUAAGCUAAAAUCGCUACCCAGCAAGUUCAGGGAUUUGACGAAUCUGCAAAAUCUACAAUUGAGCGGAUGCAGUGGGUUGAUGGUCCCGUCGGAAGCACUUGUGCAGCUUACUAGCCUUCAAGUUCUGAAUAUUGAAAGAUGCCCCGGGCUCACAGAAUUAGUUAUCCAGCCGGAGUGCUUUUCCUCUUCACUCUGCAGCCUCGAACUUUUAGUUUUAAGUCAGUGCGUUGUGUCUAGGAUAUCAAUCUCUCCACAAUGUUGCCCUAGUCUGCAAUACCUAUCUCUUUCCGGCAAUCACGACUUAGUAGAGAUCGAUAGCUUGCCAACAUCAGUCAAAAACGUUGAUGUGUCCAGAUGUUCAAAUCUGCAAAGCAUAAACCUUAAUUGUGGUCUGGUCAAGCUACAGUAUCUGCAUGUAUGGGAGUGUGAGGAGCUCAGGAAAAUAAGAGGACUAGAAAAUUGUAGUUCGUUAGAGAUGUUGAUGGUACAUACUUGGGGGCAGCUGCCAGUGAUAGAAAGUCUCAAAGAUAUGGAGAGUUUGAAGAGGGUAAGUCUCACAGCAGCAUGUCACAAGUCAGCAUUUGAAGCUUGCCUUCAAACUUUAAAUAGAGAGAAAUGGCCAAGGGAAUGUAUAAUAUGUUGUAGGACAGCGCCCGGCGUGGAGGCAAUUGUGAAGUCUUUUACUUUUCCUGGUCUCACUUUGGUUGACUCGUUCAACAGGUAUUCUUGGCACUAUAUGGAUAGCUAUUCUUGGCAGUAUGUCUUUUUGGGAGAGCGUUCUGCCAACGCGGCAGCGAUGAUAUGCCUGGUUAUAAAUUCCCCUGUAGAUGAUAUCACCCUCCUACAGGUGACUUGUGUUAAGCCAAUAAAUGCUCAUACGCUUUUGAAAGGAGGAAAAUGGGUAUACAUAGGUGUUUUCACUCCAUCCUCACUUGAGGGAAGGGAAGUUCCCUUCGGUCUUACGAGGUUAUCCAAAGGGAAGUUAGAAGAUUUGGUAGAUACGGGAAUAUUAGCGAUGGGUGAGGAAAAUACAGCUGUGGAUGCUUUCCACGAAUUAGUGCAACAUUUGGGAAAAGCAGGUGAUAUUUGUGAGGCUUAAUAUUGUAAAUAUGAAUAAAUAUAAAGUAAAAAUACAUUAUGA